CUACGUGCGGCAAACAAUACAUACAUGCCAACAGCCUGUGGCGGCAUCAGAACUGUCCGUGAUGACGAAACUGAUACUGACUGCAAAGAAGAAACAAUUUUUAUUGUACCACCUCCGGCACAUCACAAAUUUAUUUGUGCCAAGUGUGGAAGAACGUUUUCUCAUCACCCAUCUUUGUAUAGACACCUCAGCAUGGAGUGUCAAAAAAAACCUCAGUUUCAUUGUCCAUUCUGUGACUACAGGAGUUAUUUCAAGUAUACUUUGAGGAGACAUUUCAACAAAGUACAUAAGACUAUUAAUUGUAGUUUUGAUACUUUUUUCAAAUAGGACCCAUGUUUUGUUUUUUUUUGUUAGGUUGAUAACAAAAUGCAU